CCGUUAGGCCGUCGACUGCUUGGCGGGGCCGCGCGUCAGCUGUUUACCGAGCGGCAGCCGAGGUGGAGGUGGAGGUGGAGCUCGGUCGGUGUGAGGGGAGAAGAAGAAGAAGCGUCUUUGAUCUCCUCAGUCGGUCAGCCUGUGUGGGUCGUUAACCUUCUCCUCAGCCCCGACGGUGGGUCGGUCGGUCGGGCGGGCGGGCUCCAUGUGCCGGCGGUGUGCACGGUGCCAGCGGCCGGGAGCGGGAGCGGCUCCGGGUCGUCGCCUCCUCCAGAUGCUGCUGCUGCUGUGGGCCGGCUGGAGCGGCGGGCUGGCCGAGAACGUGGCGGCUCCGUGCCCCGCCGUCUGCCUGUGCCGGAGCGAGCGGGUGGACUGCUCCGGCCGAGGGCUGGCCGCCGUCCCGCAAGGCCUCGGCAUCCUCACCUUCUUUCUGGAUGCAAGCAUGAAUAACAUAACUGAGUUGCAACCCGAUUCCUUCCAAAAGCUUCUAUACCUUGAAGAACUGCGAUUGGCUGGUAAUGACCUGUCUUACAUUCAUCCAGAGGCUUUGUCUGGUCUAUCCCAGCUGAAAGUGUUGAUGCUUCAGAAUAACCAGUUGAAAACUGUGCCAAGUGAAGCCUUGAAAGGACUUUCUACACUACAAUCAUUGCGUUUGGAUGCAAACCAUAUCACAUCUGUCCCUGAAGACAGUUUUGAGGGACUGAUCCAAUUGCGGCACCUUUGGCUCGAUGAUAAUAGCCUCACGCAAGUUCCUAUUUAUCAACUGAGCAAGCUACCUGCACUGCAAGCCCUGACGCUGGCAUUAAACAAAAUCACACACGUUUCCAACUUCGCCUUUGUAAAUCUCUCCAGCCUAGUUGUUUUACAUCUUCACAAUAAUAAAAUUGACACACUAGAUAUCCACUGCUUUGAUGGGCUUGACAAUCUUGAGACGCUGGACUUGAACUACAACAACUUAAUGGAGUUUCCUGAAGCCAUCAAGUCUCUUCCUCAUCUGAAAGAGCUUGGUUUCCAUAGCAACAACAUUGCCGUCAUUCCAGAUAAAGCUUUCAGUGGGAAUCCUUUGCUUCGGACCAUACAUUUGUAUGAUAAUCCAAUCUUGUCUGUGGGAAUUUCCGCUUUCCAGAAUCUGUCUGAACUCCAGUCUCUGACAUUGACAGGAACCAGAAUAAGCAGAAUUCCACCAGACCUGUGCCAACAACUGAAGAUGCUUAGAUUUUUGGACUUAUCCUACAAUCAGAUAGAAGAACUUCCCAGUUUCCACGGUUGUUCAGCAUUGGAAGAAAUUUCCUUGAAGCACAAUGAAAUCAAAGAGAUCCGAGCAGACACAUUCCAGGGACUGGUUUCCCUACAUUUUCUUGACUUAAGUAAAAACCAGAUCUCGACAAUUCACAAGAAUGCAUUGACUUCUUUGAUUGAACUGACGAAUUUAGACCUGAGUUCAAAUCAAUUAAAUUAUUUCCCAACGGUUGGUUUAGAAGGACUAAGUCAACUUAAACUUUCUGGGAAUCCUGCUCUCAAGGAACUGCUGAAAGUAAAAGACCUCCAGAACCUAAGGACUUUGAUGGUUCCUUAUGCCUACCAGUGCUGUGCUUUUAGUAGCUGUGAACUCCAAACUGCUAAUACUGAGGACAUUAAAAGUCAGGAAGCCAGCAUCUCUCCGUUAGAAAAGAAAACCGACCAAAGUGCUGACAAUGAAAUUAAGAAUGAUGAAGAAAAGAUUCAGCCCAUUGUGCACUGCAGUCCAUCCCCAGGUGCAUUCAAACCAUGCCAACAUUUGCUGGGGAGUUGGAUGAUUCGUCUGACUGUGUGGUUCAUCUUUCUGGUAGCAUUGAUCUUCAAUACGCUUGUUGUGGUAACAACAUUUGCAUCAUGCACGCCAUUGUCUUCUGCCAAGCUCUUUGUGGGUCUAAUUGCAGCAGCCAAUCUCUUGAUGGGAAUAUAUACUGGUACCCUGACCGUUCUAGAUUCAGUGUCUUGGGGGAGAUUUGCUCAGUUUGGUGCCUGGUGGGAGACUGGAUGUGGCUGCAAAGUUGCCGGAUUCCUCGCUAUGUUCUCUUCUGAAGCAUCCAUCUUUUUCCUCACCUUGGCGUCCUUUGAACGGACAAUGACCGCACGUGACUUAAUCAAAAAAGGAAAGAGCCACCGGCUGACACACUUCCAGGUGGCUGCGGCCUUUGCUGUUUUGUUUGCUGCCGUGAUAGCUUGUCUCCCCUUGUUUCAUAUUGGUGAAUUUUCAGCCUCUCCACUCUGUUUACCUUUCCCCACUGGCGAGUCUCCUUCCCUGGGCUACACUGUCACCCUGGUACUGCUAAACUCAAUAGCCUUCCUGCUAAUGGCAGUGGUCUACACAAAGCUCUACUGCAAUUUGGAGAAAGAGGAUCUUGCAGAAACAUCUCAGUCAAGUAUGAUCAAGCAUGUUGCCUGGUUAAUUUUCACCAACUGUAUUUUCUUCUGUCCUGUUGCUUUCUUCUCAUUUGCACCUCUCAUCAGUGCAAUCUCCAUCAGUCCUGAAAUAAUGAAGUCUGUAACACUGAUCUUCUUUCCACUGCCUGCCUGUCUGAACCCUGUUUUGUAUGUGUUCUUCAAUCCGCGAUUCAAGGAAGACUGGAACAUGUUAAGAUGGCGCCCAAAGCAAAAAGACAAAUCGAUUGCAGUCACAAUGAACUCUCAAAGCCGCUGUGUGACCCCAGAGUUCUUCUACGAGUGUGGAAUGUACAGCCACCUACACGGUAAUCUGACUGUAUGUGACUGUUGUGAGUCAUUGUUACUGACAAAGCCUUCGACGUGCAAACACUUAGUAAAGUCGCAUAGCUGCCCUGCUCUGGCGGUGGUUCCAUGCCAGAGGCCCAGCGGCUACUGGUCAGACUGUGGCACUCAGUCGGCUCACUCAGAAUACGCUGAUGAAGGGGACUCAUUUGUUUCGGAUAGUUCUGACCAAGUACAGGCCUGUGGGAGGGCCUGCUUCUAUCAAAGUCGGGGAUUUCCUUUGGUCCACUAUGCAUACAAUAGUCCAAGGAUCAAAGACUAACUGCACAAGACUUAAUACCAGGAAAGUACAUAUAUGGACACUUGGAAACAAUCAGAUUUUUCUUGGUGUGAACUUUUAUUCUGAGAAGCACUUUUUCUUCAAUCUGACAACUGUCAUAAGAAAAGGGAAUCACAUUCAGUAAGUUUUUUUUGAGCCAUCUGUUGCAAAAAGAAAAGAAUUACCCAAACUGAUUAACUGUGUGUGUGUGUGUGUAUGCUAUAUAAUUACAAACAUUUACAAAAGUAUUUGUAAACUUGUCGAGAAGAUUUAUUUUUAAAAUAGCUAUUUUAUGGUCCAUUCUGCUUCAGGGUCAUUUUGUUGUGUUUCUGGACAUCGUGUGGCUGGUUGCUUGCAGCCACAGUUAACGAUUUUUUUGGAAAACUCACUGCCAGUUUCUUUUAAGCAGUUUCCCUACAGAGUAACUUAACAUUUGCCUGCGCAGCAGAAUAAACAGAAGCUCCACACAGUUGGUGUAAACAAAUGUGAAUACCAUGAUCUUGGGUUCAUUACUUGUAGCUCCUCAGGUGGUAAGGAGAUGCCAAAAAAAUUACUUCCAAAACUGAAAUUUCAGCAUGGAUUGUAGAUACUGUGCAUAUGAUACGUUUUAAAAUUUGUAUUGUAAAUUAUUGGAUUGAAAAUAUAAGGGGUGUGAUUUUAUGUACUCGUUUUAAGUAAUGGUAACUACCUCUUAAAUAAAAGUUAGCCACCAGUAGCUGUUUAUCCGACUAUGGUCUAUAUUCAGUACAUGGUUUUAACAAAUCUUGUAAAUAGUUUUGGAUGUACAUUAUCAUCAUGUUAUAAAAAUAAAGCAAUCUUUGUAAAUCAA